GGGUCACGUGGGGGCGGCGCGGGGUGGCUGCCGGGAGCUGGCUGCCCUGGCUGCCGCGGUGCCGGUGCCAGCUGUGCGGAAUGGGGCCGCCGGCCGCGUAGGGGCCAUGCCGCCCGGGCCCCGGGCCUGCCCCGCUCCGCGCCGGGAUGGUGAACCUGGCGGCCAUGGUGUGGCGCCGGCUCCUGCGGAAGAGGUGGGUGCUCGCCUUGGUCUUCGGGCUUUCGCUCGUCUACUUCCUCACCAGCACCUUCAAGCAGGAGGAGAGAGCAGUGAGAGAUCGGAAUCUCCUCCAGGUUCAAGACCAUGAUCAACCCAUUCCCUGGAAAGUGCAGUUUAACUUGGGCAAUAGCAGCCGGCUGGGCAACCGAUGCCGAAACUCCAUUCAAGGGAAGCGCCUCAUCACAGAUGAGCUUGGAUACGUUUGUGAAAGGAAGGAUUUGCUGGUGAAUGGCUGCUGUAACAUCAACGUCCCCAGCACAAAGCAGUACCGCUGUGACGGCUGCCUGUCCAAUGGCUGCUGUGGCACAUACGAGUACUGCGUGUCCUGCUGCCUGCAGCCUAAUAAGCAACUUCUCUUGGAGCGCUUCCUCAGCCGGGCAGCCGUGGCAUUCCAGAACCUCUUUAUGGCAGUCGAAGAUCACUUUGAAUUGUGUCUGGCUAAAUGCAGGACCUCAUCCCAGAGCGUGCAGCACGAGAACACCUACCGGGAUCCCAUAGCAAAGUACUGCUAUGGAGAGAGCCCCCCUGAGCUCUUCCCUGCAUGAGGGGCACAGAGGACGGCGCGGGCACUGCUGAAGAGCCUGGGGCCUGAAGCCUUGCUUCAAUGCAAGAAGAGUGCCAUCUCAUGGAAGCCUUGACUUUGUCUAUGUCUCGUGUUGCUUUACUCACCAUCUGGCUUUACCUGACAGAACUGUUCUCUCAAAGGCCAACGACUCACACUCAAAAAAGACAAAACUGCGGGCAGGCUCAUGGAGGUGGGAUCGCUCCAGGCACCUCUGCCGUUGCAGCUGCUGGGGCCCUAUUGGGCCCUUCCCUGUAAAGUUAUUUAUUGGACUUCUUUGGAGUAGUGGGAAAGUUAUGUUUUAUGUAGGAAAAUGCCUUGCCUUGGUAGUCGAAUAUACUCAAGGAAGUUGUUUUGUGUGUUCUUGGGUUUCACGAGUUAAAUCACCCCAAUAAUUGAACCCGCAUGUUCUCUCAAUGUAGUUCUGUUCAGCUUUGAUUUAAUAGCAUCUUCAGGAGUGGGGCCCUGAGCACCAUUACCCUGACAUCUAGAACUGUCUGCAGACGCAGAGGCACGGUUCCGUUCUGAUCCUGUAUCAGCUGUUGAGAGGCUGGCCCCACGUGCUCUCAGGUUUUUGACUGGUGGUAUCUGGAUAUGGUUGUAUAGCUACGUGUGAGGACUGACUUGACUGUCCUGGAGGACUUGUUUUCGUUUGCACUGGCACUGUUGAAAUGACUGUGCUCUGCUCGGCUGUGCACAGCAGGAGCCCCAGGAAGACCACCGGCAGCCUCCUUUCCUCUCUUGUCAUGGGAACACAGUGUCAAGGCGAUUCCUAAGUGGAGAUACUUCUGGCGACUGGCUCUAAGCAGGCAUCCUUUACUGCUUUCAGCUUUAGGAGGUGUAACAGGUACAGAUAUUCAGUUUCCCUGUGAUUUGCGAAGAAGACAACAGUCGAAGUUCCCAUCAAGAAGCUACUGUAAGAGACCCUUGUUUACUCUCAGUGAGAUGAGUCCGGAUGUGCAGAUUGCUGGCCCACACGCUCAAGGCACCCCCACCCCGGUUCUAGUGCAAUACUAAAGCUCUCUGGCUCAAGGCCAAGAGUAUUUGGUCCUCAGAUCAAGACGUCGUGCCCCUUGAACAGUAUGGCUUUUUGCUCCAAGGAGUCACGUUGACGCCUAGCUCUUCCUGGAGUCCCUCACUGGCCCCAGGAUUGGGCGAGACCUUUUUCAUUUUUCUGGUAGUUUGAGUUGUUGAACUUGGCACUGGGCACCAGUUUACCAUCAGCUUUCAGCGUUUUUGUUUUUUCUUGCCAGGGGAGCUUUUUCUUUGGGCCAUGUUUGCAUUCCAGUAUGUUCCUGCUGUAUGUAGCAUUAAUUUCCCUUAGCACCCUGGUAACAUGCUUACACUACCUUCCCAAAGUAGUUUGUUCCCCUGAAUAAGCUUCCUUAGAGGGUAAACUGGUGAUUUUUUUAAAUGUUAGAUCCCAAGUAAUCUGUUCAGUUUGUAUUGUACUUUUUGAGUUCUCUAUGUUUUCACUGGUGCUAAAUCAAACUCUCUGUAAAAGAAAUGUGUAUGUCUGGGUGUUUUGCCAUCUCAUUCUUUUUGGUGACCCAAGUCUGUUAUUUGAAUCUGUCUUCUGUGAGUUGUCACUGCAUCAGCCUCUCCUCUGAGCUUUUCUGAACUCUUGAGCAAUAUAACAUAGAUUUAAUGUGAAAACAGUUUAUAUGAAAGGUCAACCUGUGCCUGUUUACUUUGUACGCGAAUUACUGGCUAGCAUGUUUUGCAUUUCCAGUGCUUUCAUUGCAUCUACAACUGUGUGGUAGAGAGUUGAGCUUGCUUGUAUUCCCACCUCAUAAAUGAGGGAGUAGAGGUGAAGUGACUUCCCACUGAGAUUUAACUGAACCAAAACAAGAACCUCAUCUCCACCUCCAGCUCCACUGUUCCCUGCCCCAAAACUGGCCACCCUUCCAUGCCAGUUUCCAGGCUGACUCACCCAUAAACAUCUAUACAUAAGAGUGUAUAGAUUUCAGUGGUUUGAGCCAAAAGAGGGGAGAGGUGGCAUAAAUAGCCAAAUUGGGUCAUUAAUACAAGAGUCAUUUUCAUUUGGCCCUGGAAUGUGUUUUUUGUACUUAAGUCAAUUAGAGGCAUGUUCACUGUUUUGGAAACUCAUGGCGCUACAGACUACAUAAUGAAGCCACCAAGGGACCUGGAAUGUCCAGUACCCCCACUGCUGCCUUCCAGCCCAGGACCCCUCCCUGCUCUCCUUUCUUCAGUUUGUUUCUGGUUCCCUUGACUAAGGGUUUCUAGAAUUAGGGACCUGUCUUAAUUUUCUAUGUCCAGAGCCUAGCAAAGUGCCUGAUACAUAUUGAGAUUUUAGGAGAAGAUCAAAGGAUGAAAAUACCUUUAGUUAAGAAAAAAUUUAUGAAGUUUUUUGAGGCUAAAGGUAAUAGGAUAAUUGACAGAAUUUCCUCCCAAUUCUGAAUCAGAAUUGCUAUCCCCUUGCUGCUGGAGCAUAGAGCUAUGUCGAAACAGGGAAGGGCACCGUGGAGUGCACAGAGGGCUCUGGGGCAGGCAUGCACAAAGGAACGACCUGCCUCCAUCAGGCCCGGGACUCGGGGUGGCCCCAGACCCGGUGAUGUGAAGCUGGCAUUGAAGGGCAAGCUUGGCAGCACUUGGAAAAGCAGGGAAUAGGAUUUUAGAGCAGGGAUUGCAGCUUUCAGCUCACUCGCCAGAGCUGACCCGGGCCCUCUGCCGGAGCGGAGUGCCUCAAUUGGUGUGACUGUGAGGUGCUGUUGGGAAGCCUGCACAGUUUGCAAAGCUUUUCCUUUCACUGGCAUUUAUGGACAAGCUGAAUGUGCAGAGACGUUGCUUGUUUUCUUGCAGCCCAGUGAGAAUUCUGCCUCAUAGUUAAUAUGUACUACUUAACAACAGUGUGGCCUUGGGCACUUUCUUUUUCUGAGCCUCAGUUCCUUAAUCUAUAAAGUGGGACCACAUCUGUGCCUCACAGCAUUGUCAAGAGGUGUGCGUGUGAGUGAAGCUCGGUGGACACAAAACGUGUCUGCAACCUAGCAGGGAGUGAUGUCAGGUAAUCUGGAAGCUGGGCACCUUGGGUGAACGGUGGCAAUCAUAAAGCUCUUGGUAUGAAUUUUAUUACAAUUUUGAAGAGCUCAAGUGGAAGAUAAAAAAUUUCAGACAACUCAGAAAUAUGUUUGGGUAAAAGGAAUCACCUAAACUCACACAACCCUAGAUAAUCAGCCGCAAUCUUCCCUCUCUUCCCUCGUGACUUUAUGCAGGAAGGAGAGCACUUUUUCCUGUUGAAGACAGUCCUAUAGUGGACGUCUUUCUGUGAAACAAACAGGCCUGUAUAAUUUUUAAUGACUGUUUAUCGAUUUCAUGGAUAUACAGUAAUGUUAUCAUCCCCUUCUGAGAACCUUUAGCGUUUACCAUUGCUUGUUUUACACUACAGAUGACACACUGAUGUUGUACUUUUACAUACAGCUUUGCAUAUUCACCUGGUAACUAUUUUCACCGGUUGUUACUCUCACUUGUCACCUAACAUGGGAGUUUUCUCUUUUGCCAUCCCUGGGAACCCUGUACUACCAUUUUUUAACUUUGAUAAUGGAUCUCAAUGUUCUAAUUUGUAUUCAUUUAAUUUCUAGUGAGGUGAAACUUUUCCACAUUUUGGCCGUUUAUCAUUCAGAUGUGAACUGCCUGUCUAUGACCCUGGCCAAUUUUUCUCACAAAGCAUUUUUAAACGAAGGAAGCCUUAAACUCUUUUUCUUCUCUUUCUCAGCCUGUAUUACUCAGAAACAAGUAGUUCAUAUGUUAACAAACUAACUUUUCCAGUUGAUCUAGGGCAGCAGCUUUCCCCCAGGGGACAUUUGGCAAUGUCUCUAGACAUAGGUCACCAGUCGGGGGGGUAGUGCCCCUGGUGGGUGGAGGCCAGGGGACCCUGCUAACCAUUGCACAGUGCAUAGGACAGCGCCCAUGACAUGGAACAAUCCAGCUCCAAAUGUCCACAUCGCUGAGGUGGAAAGGCCUUAUUCUCGGGUCAUGUUUGCCCUGUAGGUUGAAGGGAAGAGCUAUGAGGAGCUGAGAGGCGACUCUGUUAUUUCCCUGCCCUUACUUUCUGUUGUGCUGAAGUGCUGCUGAUUAAAUUACUCUGAAAUCCCGUAGGAUCUGUUACUUCCUCGCAGGUCUCUACCAGCCCAGUGCUGCCUCCAGGAGCGGCAUUACUACUCUGCCAUGUUGUCCUUUGCACACAACAUAAUCCACGUGCAGACACCUUCCUGUCUGCAGAAUGACUUGGAAGUUUCUAAACAGCCCCCUUCCAUCCACAAUAGAUUUGCUCUCCCCGGUCCUUCUACAGCAGCUGUUUGCAUGAGUGACUUUUGCGGGGGGAGAUGGGAAAUGCCAUUACAGAUUCCAUUUGGAAAGCUAGUCAUAUUACUAUAAAAAGACACCACAUAAGUAAAUUGUGGUAAUUAAAAAAAAAAUGAAGCUGGUGGAUCAUGAGAGUUCUUCCCUACACAAGGGCUUUUCCUGACUUGCAGGGCAUCCCCACACCACCCGGGCCCUUUGUGGACUUUUCCAUGCAUAGUGGGUCAUGGUGUGAGUACACUGUGGGGCCGGUAUCCCUUCUGUCAUUCAGUCAGGUGUCCGUGACGUUCCUUGACCUGUCUGCUUUCACAGAUGUGAAGGGGAGCAGGUGGACGGGCAGUCUGCUGUCUGGGGAGAGCAGCGUGGGUCAUGUUCACGCAGCUGACUCCGUGUCCUUGCAGGACCUCGUCAGUCACUUUGUGCGCACAGCUUGAUUCGUGUCUGAUGUUAAGGCUGAACUUUCUCUAAAAUGGAAGUACAGCCUUUAAUAUAAUGAAACAAAACAACUGGCCAGUUAGAACCAACAGAUGAAGCAGCUAAUCAGAUAUAUGAACAGAGGUCUGGUUUUAUUUCUCAAGAUUUCAUAUUCUGUGGACACAGCUGAACCAAAACAUCACUGCUAGAGAUGGAUUGUUAAGUGCAUUGUUAUUGUUGAAAGUGGGUACCUUCAACAUUUUUGAUAGGGUAAAUAAAAAUAGUUCCUUCAGUCUUUAGACUUCUUAAAUUUGUAAGCUUUUUAUGUAGGAUAGAGUAGGCAAGCUCUGGUCAGCUUGCCUACAGGUCUUCACAGGAUCAGAGGUGGUGUUGACUAUCCGUGAAAUUCAGGAUUUCAGAUUAUGUUGGCUACACCUCACUAUUAACUAAGGAGGGGUGUGUGUGUGUUUCAACAGAAGUACAACGUAGGGAAGUAGCACCCUGAUUUUAUUGACGAGAGCACAGGCAUUAAUGACCUAGAGUAAAUUAAUGUCUGGUUUUGUUUACCAAAUGAGGGUAAUUGCUAAGGUAUCUUGUAGAUUGAGAAUUCUGAUUUCUGUGGCUUGCCAAAGAUCCCACCAUGCUUUAAAGCAAGCUCGGAGCCCCUGUCUCCCAAGCAGUUUGCUCCUUGGCUUCAAUUCUCAUGGGGUAAGUGGAGACCAGCCAUCUGGAGCCCAUUUUCUGCAAACCAUGGCUUCUCUCCUGAAGAUUUCAACUGGGGCUAACCAUUUUCUGCCUCUUCCUCAGAUUUUAAAUAGACACUGUGUUCUCUGCUGGGACUGACUUAUCAUGUAUCGCUGCUCUGCACCUGUGAGAACAGCUGCUGUGUUUUCCAUCAUAAAAACAGCUGCCUUUUGGCAGGAAGCACAGAACUGUACUAUGUAGCUUACUUUAACACAGUGCUAAAUUAUUUAGAUGUGCUUAACCUGAGAUCCCAGAGCAUCUUGGAAUUCCUAAUAAGGGCUUCUGUAGUCGUUGCUCAGUAAAAGCUUUUCCUUUAAUUUCUUUGGUGAUUACAAGGCAGAAACCUUGAAAUGUAGAAAAUUACACUUCCACAUGUAUGAAAUUACAAAGAAAUUAAAUUGUGCCAUAACCAUUCAA